AUGGUUGGGGGCACUCUUGUGGGCAUCGGUAAAAUGGAUAAAGAAGGCAAACCCGUUCCUUUGACUCAGGACGCCAGGCCCAUUGUCAUGGGACACGUAUUCCGCAAGCUUGUAUUCAAGUGCACCUUCAGACUUGAUGCAACCACAAUCCGUGAUAGGUUGCUGCCACAUCAGGUGGCAGUUGGUGUCUCCGGGGGAGCUGAAGCUUUGGUGCACGCCACGAGAGACUGGAUUGGUCGUAGUCGGGGAGAUGCAACGAGUGUUCUCUUGCAGAAGGAUGUUAAGAACGCUUUUAAUGAAAUUCUUCCGGAAAUUUUUCUGGACGAAUGUCGGAGGCACGCUCCUUCUUCUGCUAGAUUUGCUGAGUGGUGCUACGGGACUCCGUCCAAUCUGGUUUAUGAUGGUGAGGUGGCUACUAGUUCUCGUGGUCAGCAAGGGUGCCCCAUGAUGAUGUCGUUGUUCUGUCUUGCCCGAAAGAGAUUGGUUGAGGAGGCUCAGGCAAAUAUUGGGAGUGACGUUCUCUUUGCCCCUGAAUACGCGGAUGAUGGGUUUAGUGGAGGAAGAGUCGACGAAGUGUUGAGGUUGUUUCGGGAGGAGCUUCGUCUUGCGGAGGAAUACGGUUUACGAUACGAUCUCAGUAAUUGCACCCUUUAUCUUCUUGCCGGGGAUGCUUUCCGGGGCGAUGUCAGUGCAUUUCAAGCCCUGGGCGUUCGUAUUGAUACUACUUGCAAUAUUCAAAUCUUGAAGACUCCUGUAUGUGGAUCUCCUGAAUUCUUGGCUGAAUGGAAAUCGGAUUUCGAGCGACAAUUCCAGGCCCUUGAGGAGUUGGAUCAGAAGCACGUUGCUUUUCAUCUGCUUCAGACUUGCAUGGGCUGGCCUCAGUUGAAUUAUUUGGGUAGGACUGCUCCUCGACAUUUCUUGAUUCCGCUCUUGGAGUGGUAUGAUGGUAGAUAUAGGGAGGCCUUUGAGAAUCUUUUCGGCGGGAAACUCACGAAUGCCCAAUGGCUCCAAGCCAUGCUCCCUAGAGCACUGCUGGUGGUUUAG